AUGUCCGGCAGCAGGAAUGAGACCAUGGAGAACUUGGCUAUCACCUUGAGGAACGAGCGUAUUGCUGACGCCGAGGAAGACCCUUUUCAUCUUUCGAACGAAAUGGAAGACCUCUCGCUCGAUGAUGCUCCACCUGCGCAUACCGAGCAUGAAGGGCCCCAGUCCACCAACCUUUCCCCGGUCGACUAUGCUGAGGGUAGCGGUGAAUGGCGUGAACUAGACAUACUGCCCCAAUACACCCCUGAAGAACUUGAGCGUAUCAUGCAGGACGUCUACAAUGAGUACAUGGGCGACUCUAUGCAUGAUUCCGAUCAGCAAGAGGGUGAUGGCGAACAUCGCUUUGAUGAAAUAGAAUUGAUCCCCGGAUACGCAGCCGUGAAUGAAUAUCUGGAUACCUUGCCAGAUCCGGCUGUCUUUGAGGUGGACGGCAAUUUUUCUCAGGCCCAGAAUGGAAAUACUGGCAGUGAGAUGCCGAAUUCCUUGCCAGACCCGGCUGUUUUUGACGUCAAUGACAGUUCCCCUCAGGCGCUGAAUGAGAAUACUCGCAGUGAGACCGUGGAAGACGAAUCGGAUCAACUCCCUGAGCCCACUCCGCCAGUUACUCAUACCGAGUCCUCGGGCACUGACCAGGUUGACGAUGCCAACGGAAGCAACAGUGCAUCGGGUCCAGCAAACGGUCAACCCUCUGGUCAGGUGCCAUCCGGAAAUACCCCUGUGGAUGAGCCUGCACAUCAUGAGACAGGCUCGAUCCCAGAGCUGGUGGUGAGCGAUUACGACAACGAUCAUCCCUUGGCUUCUCGUCAGCCUGACCAUUCGGAUUUGCCCAAUGGUCACCACAUUAUUGAUCUCGACUGUUCUACCGAAGUAUUGUCUGAAGCGGACUCGCUCCCGGAGUUGGAGCGCGUGCGUGGCAACCGUACUCGACCCUCCGGCACUCAUACUAACCGUAAUGGUGUUGAGUGUGACAUUGAGACUUCUGAUCCACUGGUUAAUGAGAUCGAGUCAUUCGCCGCUCUGGUUACAACAGAUAGCCAUGGCGUUGUGAACUCUGAAGAUCGUGAAAGAGACACUUACCAGUCGGAGGAUCCAGUCUCUCUGUCUGAGGCCCUGGUCAACGACACAAUUACCAUCCCCCACUUGACUAAUUCUACUAGACUUAUAACCUUGGAAGAAGUUCCCGAGGAUGAAGAACCUUUGGACCCCUUUCAUCCUCAGAACGAAGCUUCGACUAUUCAGGGGCCGGUGGAUAUGCGACGAUACAUGUUGCCGCAUUGGUCUUGGGAUAGUGAAGCGAUGCCUGGUUAUGAGGUUUUCGUUGAUAGUUUGAGCCCUGAUGAAUUCGACGUUACCAAUGACAGGGAGGACUCUCAACGGGGACGAUUUGGGUAUCAGGGAGAUGAGGACGAUAUCCCGUGGGAUGCGCAACCACUCUUGUAUUUUGAUCUUCCGAUUCGUCCUCGCGAUGGAACCCCCAGGACACCCUUGAGUCCUAUUUCCAAUGUCUUUGAGGAUCUGGCGGUGGCCCUGGACGAUGGGGAAGUCAUCGAUUAUGCAGCAUUGCCGGAGGGGAAUAUCAGUGAACAUGAGGCGCAGGCAGCUGGUAUGACGACCGAAUGGCGCCUUCCGGCAGACGAAGUGGUGACCGUAGCUGGAUGGUAG